AUGGCGUCAUCCACAGAAGAGGCUUGGCCGCAGACCAUGCGCGCUUGGACAUACAGCAGCGCCAGCGGCGGCCUCGACAAAGCCCUGCAGCUACAGACUGAAGCUUCCCCGCCACCAAAGUCCCUGCUCGGCAAAGAUGCCGUGUUGGUCCGCGUCAGUCACAGCUCGCUCAACCCAGCAGACUACAAAUUGCCCGAGCUCGGCCUCCUGGCCAAGUUUGUGAUCCCUCUGCCCGCCAGCCCUGGAAUGGACUUCAGUGGCACUGUCACCGCAGUUGGCAGCGAUGUCAAGGACUACCGACCCGGCCAAAAGGUUUUCGGCAGGGUCGACCCCAUCAAGAACCGGUACGGCACGCUGGCCGAGUACAUCGUCGCCAAGGAAGAGGGCAUCGCGGCGGCGCCGGCCGGGUGGGACGACAGGAUGGACCAGCUCGCCUGCGUUGGGACGUGCGGCCUCACGGCGCUGCAAAGCAUCGAGCCCUACGCCGGUGCCGAUGCCAAGGGCGACAAGGUCUUUAUCAACGGCGGCAGCGGCGGCACUGGCACCUUUGGCAUCCAGAUUGCUAAAGCGCUCGGCCUGCACGUCACGGUCAGCUGCUCGGGCGCGAAUGCCGAGCUGUGCCAGGGCCUAGGGGCGGACGAGGUCAUCGAUUACAGGGAGCAGAAUAUCAGUGAGGUGCUGAAGGCCAAAGGGAAGGUUUUCAAGCUUGUGGUUGACAAUGUUGGGUUUACCCCGCCCGGCCAGGAGGACUUGUAUACCGCUGCGAAUACAUUCAUGGUGGAUGACGGGCAUUUCAUCCAGGUCGGUGGCGGAGCUAGUGCUUCGCAGGUCAAGGCUGCCGUGACGAGGUCAUUCAUGCCAGGUUUCCUUGGAGGAGGAAAGAGGAAGUUCGCAAUGAUCAUGACGAAGCAGAGCCACGAAGGGCUGGCGAAGAUAGGAGAGUGGAUGAACGAGGGUAAGGUCAAGAGUGUGAUUGACGAAGUCUUCCAGUAUGAUGAUGCUCCUAAGGCGUAUACGAAGUUGAAGACGGGUCGGGCAAAGGGAAAGAUUGUUGUAGCGGCUGCGAAGUAG